AUGGAUCGACAGGCUGAACUGGAUUUAGCAUUGAUCAACAGCGAGGCACUGUUCUGUCUCCGACGUGAGCAACUGCUUAACUUGUGCAAGCGUCGAGGCAUCAAGGCCAAAGGCAAGACGGAGCAGCUGAUAGACGCACUCCGCCAAAGCAUAUCGACUGCGCAUCAACAGGACCAGUCGCCUAGCGCGGAAAGCACGAGCCCAACGCUUACGCAACGCUCUGUUAAGCGCGAGGAAACGACGCCGGAGCUGGCACAGGAAUCAUUAUCGGUGCUGAGCCCCGUGCCGGGAUUGUACCAAGCUCGUGCGCCCAAAUGUCAGCUAGACACUGGCUCUGAAAAGGAGCUCUUUAUGCACGCCUUGAGCCCAAAUGAAGAGCCAGCCGAUGUAAGCACACGCAGUAUUCAGAUGGCCGAAGCAGGCGGAGAAAAAAGGAUCCAUGCACCGGCGCACGGUACGACUCAGCAGCACGAACCAAGCACUACGCAAAGCGCUGCAAUAGAAGAAUUGUCGGCCGGUGCGCAUUCGCCUCGCACCAAGCCCCAUGCAACCAAACCGACCGAGGCGGUCACUGCAGAGCUCAACGACAAGCGGCACCGCGUCGUGAUGCUAUGCCAGGGAAGCGAGACGAAAAGCGUGGAUUCCAAGGAUGCGACGUUGGACCGCGUAUUCCGGCCUAUUCCUUUGCGCGACGACGCAAUGGAAGCAUACUAUUAUAACGUAUGCCACGCGCAACAAUCAAAGCCAUUGACGCACGGAGAUAUGCGCCGCAUUUAUGCCGACCUGCUCACCGAGCGGGAGAAGGCCAAUGCGCAUAAACUGCCGAAACGUGUUGGGAGAAUGAUGCGCAAAAUGCGCUCUUUGUUCGACGCAAGCUCCGAUGUCCAGUCGGGCGAGCCAGCGCCGGUGAAAGCAGAGGCGGUUUUGGAUACGGCGAGGAGUGCGGAGCCUGGAUUUUACAAUGUUGCCGACAAAUCUAUGAUGCGCAUCGCCAUGUGUGCAACCGAGCUGGAAGAUGCGCGAGCAUUGCCUGUGCCUGCUAUGAAUCUCGCCAGUGACUAUUCACGGCACGAAGAGGUGCAGGCAAGCCAAAGGGGUCUGCCGAAGCGGUCGCUGCAGUCACUGACGCCUUCUUCCAGUGCGAAUGCCAAUGGCGUUCUCUCCGCAACGCCGCGCUUUGCAAGGCACGACAAGCCUGGGCAGGAGAAUCGAAGGACAGCGGAUGCUCUGGGACAAGAAGCAGAGAAUUACUCGCCUUUGCCAUUGUCAACCAAGAGCCCAGCAAAGUCGCUGCGCUCAGCACGUCACUCUUUCGCACAAGGCGGAUGUUCACAGCAGGCCACGCCAUCUCCAAAGCGCCGAAGCCAUCCAUAUGGCGCGCUCACGGCGCGAAACAGAUUGCGCCCGACCUCGCCAGGUCGCGCAUUGCGAUAA